AUGGGCCAGAAAAUCCUUGAUAUCGGUUGUUGUUUUGGUCAGGACUUGAGACGACUUGCCCUCGACGCUGGGCGUUCGGAUGUGUUGUUCGGUCUCGAGUACCGCAGCCGCUUUGUCGAACUUGGUCUUGACCUCUUCAAAGAUCGGGAUACUUUUCAGUCGUCCAUCUUUUCUGGUGAUGUUUUCGAUGAAAGCUUCAUUGAAUCGAUAAUCAGUUCGGUUGGUCGAUUCGAUGUUCUAUAUGUUGGCAGCUUGUUUCAUCUUUUUGGUGUGGAGCAGCAGCGCCAAUUGGUACGGAUUCUGUUUCGCCUGUUGAAGUCGGACUUUCUUAUUUUUGGAAGGGCUUACAGCGGAGACUCUGUUGAUUUGGGCGGAGCUGGGUUUCUGAAUGGUGUUCCCAGUGAUCAGCUCCAGCAGAUGUUUGAGUCGGCUAGCCCUGGCCCUGUUUCAUGUGAGAUGGCUCUUGAUUCUUACGAGUAUAAGGGUGGUGGAGAUGCUUUCAAGCGUUUCCUACCGCAGGGCUCGAAAGAAUUGGUAUUCAGUGUUCGAUCGUUUUGA